AUGACUUUGGAUUUCUUGGUGAAAGGAAAACUCAAGAUCCGCAUGGACGACUAUGUCAAGAACAUGUUGGAAGAUUUUCCUGUCAAGUUCAACAAGGAUUCAAAGCAGGAAACACCAGCUGGUAACGAUUUACUGGAAGCUGGGAAAGGAAAGUUACUCAAUGCUGAGUACCGUCAAAUCUUUAAUACUACUGUUGCAAGGGGACUUUAUGUCUCUAAGAGAGCUCGUUCGGAUAUCCAUCCAACGAUUACUAUUCUUGCCUCGAGAGUUCAAGAACCUACAGAGUCUGAUUGGAAGAAGUGUGUUCGCAUGAUGCAAUAUUUGUUUUGUACAUCGUUGUAUCACCUGACACUUUCCGCAGAAUCACUACGAGUCAUGAAAUGGAUGAUCGACGUAUCAUUUGCGGUGCAUCCAGAUCUCAAGAGCCAUACUAGCGGCACUCUGUCCUUUGGAGGAGGUGCGGAUCAAGUGAUGUCGAAGAAGCAAAAGCUAAACAGCAGAAGCAGUAUGGAAGCGGAACUGAUUGCUGUUGACAAUGUUGUCACGAUGAUACUAUGGACAAAGUUGUUCAUGGAGUGGCAAGGGUAUCCGAUCGAGAAAAAUGUCUAG